AUGGAGCACUGCGGCCCAGGGUGCAGGCAGCACAAGGUCCCCACGGGCCUCCUCAUCCCCGCUGUCCUCACUCCUUACCCGGGGUUGACAGGGACGGAAGCGAUGGCAGCCAGCACUUCCCUGCCUGACCCUGGCGACUUUGACCGGAAUGUGCCCCGAAUCUGUGGGGUAUGCGGAGACCGAGCCACCGGCUUUCACUUCAACGCUAUGACCUGUGAAGGCUGCAAAGGCUUCUUCAGGAUGGAAAGCUCAGGCGAUGUCAGCAACGUGCCAGCCGUCCUGUUCAGUCAGGGCCAGUUUCUCUACCCGCUGCCUCUUCUCUUCUCCAGCGAGCCCAGUGUCACAAGUGCAAACACUCAGCAGCUCACUCUCCCAAAGUCCAAAGAACCCUGGGUCAUUGAGCAGGUUGGUGAGUAUAAUGAUGUGGUCGUGGAGGAGGACCGCUCGGGGCUCAGGAAGGCAGUGCCCCGCGCUGCCCUCCUCACAGGCCUCACUCUGGAGGGGCUGUCCCAGGCCUCUGAGACGCAUAUACAGACCCUAGAGAGGCUCGCAUGCCGACCCCCCGCCCUAGCCCCCGAGCACUCACACUCCUUCAUCAUGCCGAUGUCCACACAGCGCUUGAGCCGGCACGCCUGGCAGUGGCGGCGAUUGUCCUUGGUGAUGCGGCAGUCGCCGUUAAAGGGGCAGGUGAACAGCGCCUUCCGCUUCAUGCUUCGCCUGCCGAGGGAGAGAGCACCUGCCACCUCUGUGCUACCCACCGUCCAGCCUCGGCCCUGGCUGCCAGCAGGGACUUUGAGAGAGAGAGAGAGAAAGAGAGAGAGAGAGGUGGUGCAGAGAGAGGUCUGUGGGCAGAAGCGCUGGCGACACCAGCACAGAGCAAGUAGCUACAGGCCGAGGGCCCCAGUGCCCACUCCCGCCGCCAGCACUCUGCAAGCCCCGGCCGGGAGGUCUGUUUGCCCGGCUGCUGUGCCAGGCGUCCCUGCUCCCAGCCCCGCCUUCCCAGGCAGCUGCCCAGCGCGGCGAGAUGUGAUGGAGCCGACCAGCUUCUCCAAUCUGGAUCCGAGGGAAGAAGAUUCAGAUGACCCUUCUGUGACCCUGGACCUGUCCCAGCUCUCGAUGCUGCCCCACUUGGCUGACCUGGUCAGUUACAGCAUCCAAAAGGUCAUCGGCUUUGCCAAGAUGAUUCCAGGGUUCAGAGACCUCACUUCUGAGGACCAGAUUGUGCUGCUGAAGUCAAGUGCCAUUGAGGUCAUCAUGUUGCGCUCUAACCAGUCCUUCCUCAUGGAUGACAUGUCCUGGACCUGUGGCAGCCAGGACUAUAAGUACCGCAUCAGUGAUGUGACCAAAGCCGGACACAGCCUGGAGCUGAUUGAGCCCCUCAUCAAGUUCCAGGUGGGGCUGAAGAAGCUGAACUUGCAUGAGGAGGAGCAUGUCCUGCUCAUGGCCAUCUGCAUUGUCUCCCCAGACCGUCCUGGCGUGCAGGAUGCUGCACUGGUCGAGGCCAUCCAGGACCGCCUGUCCAACACAUUGCAGACCUACAUCCGCUGCCGCCACCCACCCCCCGGCAGCCACCUGCUCUACGCCAAGAUGAUCCAGAAGCUAGCUGACCUGCGUAGCCUCAAUGAGGAGCACUCCAAGCAGUACCGCUGCCUCUCCUUCCAGCCUGAGUGCAGCAUGAAGCUCACACCGCUGGUGCUGGAGGUGUUUGGCAACGAGAUUUCCUGA